AAAAUUUUGACGUUAGCCGUUGGUUUACUGUUCAAUUUUCGUCAUUUCUCUAUUUAAUUUGUUUUAAAAUAAUUGUUGUGUGAGACUUUUAUUCUGUAAAAGUGUAAAAUAACAUUCUGAAGAUCAGUGUGCAAGGUAACAAGCCAACCAUGGAUUCCAGUCACAUGAAUGUGGAAGAAUUUCAGAAAGUUCUUCGUGAAUUAGAAAAUGCCAAACAGGAGUUGCACGAGUGCAAGCUAAAUUUGAGAUUAUCCGAAAAUAUUCAACUAGAAUACAAGAAUGAGUUGGAUAUAGUGCAAGCAGAAUCUGCGGAUAAGCAAAAAAAAUUAAUGGAUAUGUUGAAAAAACUAGAGGAAGAACAAAUCAAAGUAAGAAUGCAUCAUAUGGAUGAGAAACGCACGAUGGAAGAUUCAAUCCAAAGUAUGAAUGUGAAAAUAGAGAAACUACAAGAAGAGUUGAAUGUCUACAAAAACCACAGUCCCAACCGAUCAGUUAACGGACACAUCAAUACAACCGAUAUAAUUGAUGGUAUUUUAAAUAACACAGGCACCGAUUAUUACCAUGAAAAUGAGGAAUUAAAAAGUAAACUAGCGGAACUUACACAAAUCAACAUAAAUCAAGAUAAAAAAUUACAGGAGUUUUCUGAAGAAGUCCACGAUUUGAGGAGAAUGUUAGAAGUAAAACAAAGCGAAUAUGAUGAACUGAAAGCGAACGUUAGUUUCCUAGGGGAAGAAAAUAUGUGUUACAAAGCCGAAUUGGAUACUUUAAAGAAACCAAUCGCUAAUGAUAAUGAUGGCCAAGGAAAUUCAUUAUUUGCAGAAGUUAACGAUAGAAGAGUAUAUUUGGAAGAUAAAUUAACUGAAAUUCAAUCGAAAUAUUUAUCCGCGAUUGAAGAAAAAAAGUCGUUUCAAAACGAAAUUCGCCAAUUGAAAUUAGAAAAUUUGAACCUGGUAGAAAAAUGGCAGAUUGAUCUCGAUGCUGUGGAACUGGAACAACAAAGAUCCCAACGUUUUUUAAGAAGUCGAAUAGAAGAAUUGGAAAAUACUGUAAAAGAAUAUGAAACAGAACUAGCUUCGUCAAAGGUGCCAGUUAAUAUGAGUGUAACAUCUCUUAAAACUAAAUUGGAAAAGGAAAAGAAAGAUUUGAUGCAAACAUUGACGAGAAUCACACGAGAUAACGUGAUGUAUGCCAAGUGUUCAUCUGAAGCUAAAUUAGAAGUUCUAAAAUGGAAGAGAAAAGCUAUUAUUGCUAAAUACAGUGCAGAAGAAGGCACCAUAAAACAAAAUGUUUCUACUAAACAAGAAAAUACCAUCACUCUAGAUGUUUUUGAAAAUUCCUAAUCAUUGAUAACCGAAAAUUCAAAAUUUUACUCCAUAUAAGUUGUUUUUAUUUUUUGCAAUCUCUUACUCUGUAUUUUCAAUGUCGUUUAAUUAAUUUGAUAAUUAUUUGUAUUAUUCAAUAAGAUGUUUGCAAUAUUUAAU